AUUACAGUAUCUUCAACCCCAAAUUUCGAAUCAGCCAUCAUCUCUCGACUUCAAUUUGUAUCAGUUGAAAAAAAAAACAGUAGAAACAAACCCUGACGACGAUUUAGCUCCAGGACUUGAUAAGAUAUUGGUAUUCUGCUACACCUAUAUCUUGGUUCAAUAUUUUAUAGAGGAGGAAGUUGUAAACCGCUGCUUUUGUUUGUUUUUGUUAUUCACGGUUCUCGCUCUAAUGGCAUGGAUUGCCGGAUAUAUGAUCAGUUACCUCCAUUCCCCUUAGCAACAAGAAUUAAAGGCACACCGGUAAGUCUCUCCUUGAAACAAAAAUUCAUUCGGGGCUAACUUAUUUGUUCAUGGCAGUAUGUGGGUAUAUUCGGCGAAAAAUUGCGAUUCAAGAAGGAAUUUCAGAUAGAACAGAAGCUGUGGUGCAAAUGUUCAGUUUUGGCAGAGGCUUUUGGUGUCAUUGGACAGAAUGAGUUCUUCUAUUCUGAGUUGCCCAAAAGCGUAUAUGUCUACAAUAACUGCCAAUCUUUAUGGCAUUGGGUAUUAUUCCUUUUGCAAACUUAGUAUCAAGUUUUAUAGUGACUAGUGUUGAUGAAAUAACUAAACGGAAAAAUGGGAGUUGGGUUUCAAGUAACAUCAAUAAAAAAAGGUCACUAUGAUUCCUAUUAUUGUGUUCUUGCUUUUCUGAGUUUGGUCAGUUUACUUUUACCUGCUAUGUUGCAUGCUGCAGGGCUUGUAGACUCCAUAAAGGAAGGAGAAAAAAAUGGGAUGGUAAAGGAAUAAAGGAUGAAGAUAAGUAGUGUUGGAUUCAGGAAUGUUAAGUAAAAAGAAGAAGGAAAUAUGAAGAUUGAUCAAGACGAGACAAUCACAGAGCCACUCUUGAUCAACGAACUAAAGGGUGGCUUCAAAACCUUGCCUUUCAUCAUAGUGAACUAGUCAUUUGAGCAGGUAGCGAGUUACGGUCUGUUGCCAAACAUGAUUCUGUAUUUGACAAGGGAGUACCGAUUGGAAAAUAGCACAGCAGCCAACAUACUCUUCUUGUGGUCUGCUGCCACCAAUUUGAUGCCGAUCAUUGGGGCUUUUCUUGCUGAUUCUUAUGUGGGUCGGUACCCAGUGAUUGCCUUUGGAUCCAUUGCAAGCCUUUUGGGGAUGGCUCUUUUGUGGUCAACAGCCAUGAUUCCAGGAGCAAGGCCUCCUCCAUGCAAUCAAUUUAGUGACAGUUGUGAAUCUCCAACAACGGCCCAACUUAUAUUCUUAUAUAUUUGUUUUGGAAUCAUGUCAGUAGGAUCCGGAGGUAUAAGGUCAUCUUCCUUAGCCUUUGGGGCAGAUCAGUUGGUGAAUAGAGAAAAAAUGAAAAGUUCAAGAACCUUGGAAAGCUACUUCAGCUGGUACUAUGUUUCUGUAUCUGCUUCUUUAAUUGUUGCAUUCACUUGUAUUGUGUACAUUCAAAAAAACCUGGGGUGGAAGGUUGGUUUUGGAGUCCCUGUGGUGCUCAUGUUCUUCUCAGCUCUUUCUUUCUUUUUGGCUUCUUGCUGGUAUGUCAAGUCCAAGGGCAAAGCAAGCUUGGUCACUGGGUUUGCUCAUGUUCUUGUAGCCUCUUAUAGGAAUAGGCAUGUCCAGUUAUCAGGCGUUGCGACUGAUGAAAUGUAUUAUCAUGGGAAGGAAUCAAAUCUUCUUGUUCCGAGUGGGAAACUAAGAUGUCUAAACAAAGCAUGUGUCAUUAGAAAUGCUCAAGAGGAUCUGACCCCUGAUGGCAGUGCUUCAAAUCCAUGGAGUCUUUGUACUGUUGAUAAAGUGGAAGAGCUAAAAGCACUAAUCAAAGGAAUCUCAAUUUGGUUUGCAGGAGUCUUGAUGUCUAUAAAUGUAUGUCAAAGCUCUUUUCAAGUACUCCAGGCAUCCUCCAUGGAUCGACACAUUACUUCAAACUUCCAGAUCCCUGCAGGCUCCUUCAACGUAUUUUUGUUUCUCUCUCUAACAGCAACGGUUGCCCUCUACGAUCGUAUCAUCCUCCCCUUGGCUUCAAGAAUCAAAGGGAGACCAGUUCGUCUUGGCAUGAAACCAAAAAUGGGGGUUGGAAUUUUUUUCUCCGGCAUGUCCAUGGCAGUACUUGCCAUUAUAGAGUAUAUUCGUCGUUCAAUCGCAACGCAGGAAGGAGCUUCAGAUAGAACACAAGCAGUUGUGCAGAUGUCUGCAAUGUGGCUAGUGCCGCAUUAUAUCCUGCUUGGCUCGGCCGCGGCCUUUGGCGCGAUCGGGCAGAACGAGUUCUUCUAUUCAGAGUUGCCCAAAAGCAUGUCAAGCAUCGCUUCCAAUCUUUAUUUAUUAGGAUUGGCUGUUGCAUACUUGAUAGCAAGUUUGAUAGUGAAAGUGGUGGAUGAAAGUAGCAAAACAGGAGGAUCAGGGAGUUGGGUUUCAAGCGACAUCAAUAAGGGCCAUUAUGAUUACUAUUUUGGCAUUCUUUUUGCACUGAGCCUGCUUAAUUUUCUCUAUUAUGUUGUCUGCUGCAAGGCUUAUGGUCCCUGCAAAGGAGAAAGCAAUCAUAAGGAUUUACAAGGAGAUCAUUUGUAAUGAUAUUUUCUUCAAUAAAUCCCGGAUUACAUAUGGAAAAGUCCGCAACUCCCAUGGACCAGUUGAAAUGUACAACUUAGUUUGUGUUUUCA